AUGUGCAUCCCGCUUUUGAAUGCCGAUGGAUGGACGCCCGGGGCACCAGGGGUCCAAGACACGGCCAGGCAACCCCAGGUCCGCGAUCUGCGCAUGGCCGAGAACCAGCCGAACCGCCGAGCAGACCCACCCACAGUCGCAACCACAUCUUCUCCAUCAUCAACCUAUAGGACAGCAUACAUUAUGGCGGAAAGUCAAGGCGCAAUUCAUGAUACUACUGUCAGAGACCUGGCACGAUAUGCCUUGAUUAACGAACUGAAAAGGAGACCAUUUAAGAGGGACGAUAUUACCAAACAAGGACUUCUCGGUUCCCAAGGUCGACAAUUCGACAAGUUACUGGAAAAAUGCAACAUCGAACUCACCUCGGUUUUUGGGAUGGAGCUGGUCGAAAUGCGAUCUCGUGGGAACAAUGCCGGCCAACUUGAUCUUCAGAACGCGAUUAAACAAUCAAGCAUGAAGAAUUCACAGGCCUUACACGAUGGUGAAGAUGAUAACCUUCCAAGCAAAUCUCAGAAAACAAAAGGCUCAUCAACGAAACAAUACGUGCUUCGAUCUAGCUUGAAGCCCAGUUUGAUAAAACAACUUACGCAGAUUGUCGACGACGAAAUUCCAGAUCAUGAUGCGAAUGAAGACGAUUGGAAUCUGACAAACGACUCAAUUCUGGAUUGGAAACAUGGGGAUGAACUUGGUCAUCUGGGGAUCUUGGGAUUCAUUCUAGCAUUGAUCCUGAUGCAUGGACGGUCAAUCGAUAAUAGUCAACUUCUAAUCUACCUUAAACGGCUCAAAAUCGGCGAGAAUUGGCAACCUCCUUCAACCCGUGCAUGUGCUCAUCCACCACUCACCAUCCCAGCGCUUCUGAGUCAAUUCAACAAGCAAGGUUACCUCGAAUGCACUCAGCAAGGCUCCAAGACCGGGCGGGGUGGGGCAUCUCAAGCGAGCAUCCGACGGCAAUCGCAAAUGCCCAACGAGAGCAAUAAAGAGGUCGAAUGGCAUUGGGGCGCUCGUGCGGAAAUCGAGUUCGGAGAACAGCAGAUCGCCGAAUUCAUGAGCGAUAUCUAUCGCUCUGCCAGAGGAACUGCGUCCAGUCAAUCUCAACCCGAAAACCAGGCUACUCAACUCGCCCGUCACGAAAAACUCAUUCAGGAUAUCACCAAAUCGGCCGGUAGUGCGCUGCAAGAUUCGAGUCAACUACAUAUCCCUGGAAUCUUCAAACCCGCAACCACUUAGGCUGUCCAAACCUCCUCCAUAUCUCGAGGAGAUACUCUUGUGUUACAUAAUCAUUCUCAUUCACUGGUGUGCAUCUGCAGAACCUCUAUUCAACUUGCUUUCCUGAAGGGAAAAAGAAUACGCAAGUGUUAUCAUGAGGAAGAGUUUGUAAUAUUACAUUAAUGAUUCAAUUUGAAUGCCGAUCUCGUUUUCUUAUGACUGGUCGAAUGCUUUCCUUGUUUAACAGAUGAAUUGGAUUUCAGCUCUUCACAUCCUUUUUAUGCAAGCAAAAAAUGAAUCGAUUGCUUUUUG